AACUAUUUCUUCGUGAAUCCUUCAUAUUCUCCCCUCAUUUUCCCAUUUAUCUAUCAUACCAGGCGUUUCCGUGGUUUCUCACACAAACAUGCAAUUUUACUAAAAACAAAACUUCAUGGGAAAACAUUUCCUUGUAGCACACAAUAAAACAUAUCAUUGAAAUCAUGGAUAAAGGACAAAUUAUUAAACUUACUUGAGAUUGUAAAAAGAAACUACCGAAGAGACAGGUUGCAAGAAGAUAACUGAACGGAGUAAAAUAUUUUACUGAAGUAAAACCCAAACCAAAAUCGGAGCACUUAGAUUUGCGACAGUAAAAAAGUAAAAUAAGUUUAAAUCUUGCAGACAUUGAGGAAAUUACCUCUCUGUUGCACAAUGAGGCGCUGUACCCCAGUUUUAUAAAUUUGUGACAUCACCAUCGCCAUGACAGUCUUCGCUGAAGAUAAUCGAGAAAAACGGGAAAUGAAAAGCUGCCAGGCUUAAUUCCUAUGGAUUUCAAAGCUUUUUCUCUCUAUUUGUUUAUUUUUCCGGGAAAUUAAUAGAGAUUCCGGUUCGGGUUCAGAUUCACUGGGGAACGGAUUUUUAAUCACGCUCAUAAAAACAAAGAUAGGUGAUGAUGGGUCUUUGCAUCCUUUCUCAACAGUGGACAAGGUAUGUCUCGACAAUUAUCUUCUUUCUUGUUACGUUAAAUUCCGCUUCAGCUGUGACACACUAUUCAGUCCCCGAAGAACUGGAAGAAGGCUCGGUUGUUGCAAAUCUCGCUGGAGAUUUGGGACUAGAUGUGAAGACUCUAGUGGAGCGGAAAAUGCGUCUGGAGAUCAUUGCAAAUCGCAAAUAUCUGGAUGUGAACAAAGAAACAGGGGAGCUGUACAUUGUUGAGCGAAUUGACAGAGAGACUCUGUGUUCCGCCAAGACAACUUGCUAUUUAAAAAUGGAAGCUAUAAUCGAAAACCCUAAACGGAUAUUUUAUAUUGAGUUGGAAAUUUUAGACAUAAAUGAUAACGUACCUCAUUUCAGAAGAGAUACGAUAGAUUUAGAUAUUUCAGAAUCCACGCAGGCCGGUGAACGUUUUUCUGUCAGCAAUGCAGUAGAUCCAGACGUUGGAUCUAACUCCGUAAAAACGUACCACCUGAGUGAGAGCGAAUAUUUUACAAUAGAAAUCCAAUCUGGAAGAGAUGGUUCAAAAUUUGCAGAACUGAUCUUAAAAAAAAGUUUAAACAGAGAGGAGAUAGCAGUUCACUAUUUGAUACUUACAGCUGUAGAUGGUGGUGUGCCAUCUCGAUCUGGUACAGCCAGCAUAAUCGUUCAUGUUCUGGAUACAAAUGAUAACGCCCCAAAAUUUGAAAAAGAGAGCUACGAAGUCAGUGUUUUAGAGAAUUCUCCAAUAGGAAGUCUUGUUAUUGAUCUUAAUGCGACAGAUUUAGACGAGGGAUCGAAUUCAGACGUUGUGUAUUCAUAUAGUUUUUAUACAUCAGAGAAAACGCAAGAAACCUUUUAUUUGAAUCCAACCACUGGUGACAUUACUGUUAAAGGAGUGUUAAAUUAUGAGGAUUUCAGGAUUUAUGAUAUGGAGGUAAUAGCAACUGACAAAGGGGCCAGUCCAUUAACGGGACAAUGUAAAGUCACAAUUCAAGUUAAGGACAUGAAUGACAAUCAUCCACAAAUUUCUAUUAAAUCAUUUCAGACCCCAGUUAGUGAAAACAUUGAGUUAGACACAGUGAUAGCUGUAGUUAGUAUCAGUGAUAAAGACUCAGGUGAUAAUGGAAAGGUUGAUCUGCAUAUUCCAGGUAACAUGCCUUUCAAACUGAGGGAGUCCUCUGAUAACUAUUAUGAGUUAGUGGUGUCAGAGCCAUUAGACCGCGAGAAGGUCCCAGAAUAUGACAUCACGUUCACAGUGACAGACAGAGGUUCUCCUCCUUUAUCUGACAAUGAGACUAUGACUUUAGAGCUGCUGGAUGUUAAUGACAAUGUUCCACAGUUCCCCCAGUCAUUUUAUACUAUACGUGUAAUGGAGAAUAACGCACCUGGAGCCCUGCUCAGCUCACUCACUGCGUUUGACCCUGAUCUCCAUGAAAACCAGUAUCUAGUUUACUUCAUCAUAGAGAGGGAGAUUGUCAACACUUCCAUGUCCAUGCUGUUCUCCAUCAAUCCAGAGAACGGUAACCUUUACGCUCUGAAGACAUUUGACUAUGAGAUUGAGAAUGAGUUUCUUUUCCACAUCGAGGCCAGAGACUCUGGUUCCCCUCCACUCAGCAGUAAUGUGACCGUCCACAUCAUUAUUGUGGAUCAGAACGACAAUGCUCCAGUCAUUGUCUCUCCAUGGCGUGCACACGGCUCGGUGGUGGAGGAAAAGAUCCCCAGAUCCACUGAUAAAGGCUCCCUGGUUGCUAAGGUGAUAGCCUUAGAUACAGACUCGGUGCACAACUCUCGGAUUACCUACCAGUUUCUACAGGUGACUGAUGCCAGUUUGUUCAGUCUGGACCAAUACAACGGAGAGAUCCGGACUAUGAGGAUGUUCAGUAACAAAGAUCCACGUCACCUCAGACUGGUUGUUGUUGCCAAAGACAACGGACAGCCCGCUCUCUCAGCUACAGUCACCAUCAAGCUGAUCACAGUGGAGACUGCUGUUAAGACCUACUCUGACAUGACUGAGAUGCCUCUGGAAUACGACAUCUUUUCAGACCUGAACCUGUACUUGCUCAUCGGUCUGGGCUCAGUGUCAUUUCUGCUGCUGAUCACCAUCCUUGUCACCAUCGUGCUCAAGUGUCAGAGUCCCAAAGGCAGUAAACCGGCUCCUCCCAGCAGGAACAGUGUGAUCAGUGAGAGGAACUCCACCAUUGCAGACUCCACUCUGGUCUCCAACGAUGCCUACUGGUACAGUCUGUUUCUAGCUGAGACCAGGAAAGGAAAGAUGGUGGUUAGACAGCCUCUGCCGAAGGGCUCCCGGUACAUCGUGUCCAGUUUACCAAGAGGAACUGGACUGACCGAUACUAGUGACUCAGCUGCAUCAACCCUGCAGGUAUGA